AACGACGAUAAGAUAAGAAACAUGUAUUUUAGAGCUACAAAUAAAAUAUUCGAAGAAAAACAUCUAAUUUACCAACUACUGAAUACAAAUUUAGUAACUUGUUUACUGUAAAACGAAAAACAAUACCAUCGACGAUUAAUUCAAUAUAAAAAUAAUAAAAUAAUGGACGAAACCGAUUUAUCAUUAUUCAAAAGUAAAAAAGAUAAACAUGACAAAGCCGAUGCCACCUGCACCACCACCACUAACACCUCUAGCACAACUAAAGAACCAGUAGAGAAAAAAGUUAUCUUUUCACGACCCACCGAUGAAGAUGUUUACAAUUGCGAUAAUCCCCAGGCGGGUAUUGCACUCAUUUUCAAUCACAAAGAUGUCAAGGGUCAAAAGCAAAGAGUGGGCACCGAACAAGAUCGUGAUGCUGUAGAACAUACUCUCUUGAAUUACGGCUAUGAUGUGAGAGUGUUCAAUGAUUUGACAUUUGCUGAAAUAAGUGAUGUUUUAAAGAAAACUGCCCAAGAAGAUCACAGCAACAAUGAUUGCCUUAUAGUGACUGUAAUGUCCCACGGUAUGGAGGGAAAGGUAUAUGCUCGUGAUAUGUCCUAUCCGGUAGAACGUUUAUGGAAUCCAUUUUUGGGUGAAAACUGUAGAUCGUUGAUAAAUAAACCGAAAUUGUUUUUUAUACAGGCCUGUCGUGGUGAAAAUCUAGAAAAGGCCGUUACAUACGAUGCCUUUGCGCCCAUGUCGCGUACACUCAAUGUGAAUGCAGAGCCAGAGAAGCCACCCACAAUCACGUAUGCGAUACCAAAUACAGCCGAUAUGUUGGUUAUGUAUUCCACAUUUGAAAAAUAUUACUCUUUCCGUAAUGUUGAAAAUGGUUCAUGGUUUAUACAGAGUUUGUGUUCGGUGCUAAAUGAAGCCGCAGCCGGUGCAGCUCUUACUAAAGAGGGCGCUGAACUGUUACGUCUGCUAACUGCCGUCAAUCGUAAAGUGGCCUAUGAGUAUCAAUCGAAUGCUAAAUAUGAAGCCCUUAAUCAAAUGAAAGAAAUGCCAAAUUUUCUAUCGACCCUCACGAAAACCUUUUAUCUGCGAGUGAAACGUAUUAACAACAGUUAAACAUAUUCUGAAAGUGAAUCAUCAAAUUUCUUUCCACAUAAUUAGACAAAAAUAAAAAAUUAAACAAAUCAAAAUUAUACAACUACAUUUAAGCAAAUAAAAUUAAUACCCACCAUUUGGUCGGUGUUUAUGUUUGUGUGAAA